GUAAAUAUACGUAUCACUUUUUUAGUUCAGUGCAGUAAACCGGACUUCCUUAAAAAAAAAAAAUGUCUUAAAAACGGUACUGAAGAAGCUUAACCAUAGAACUUUUCUCUUCUCCUUUAAUGGCAGAUCUUGCAUUUUAUUGAUUUGCAUUUUGAGUUUACGGCGUCGUCUUUGAGUUCUCCGAGUCCAAUCGUUCCACGGAGUUGAACAAAGGAGUGAUCGGAGAUGCUGGACGGAAUCCUAGGCCGUGGUUUUACCUCCAAAUGUAAAUCAUUGAUCAAAGUGAUAAAGAGUCGGAUCGAUGUGAUAAGGAGGAAGAAGAGUGCCACGCUUAAGUUUUUGAAGAAAGAUAUAGCUGAUCUGCUCGCUAAUGGCCUUGACAUUAAUGCUUAUGGCAGGGUGGAAGGAUAUAUAGCUGAAUUGACCCUGUCUUGUUGCUACGAUUUUGUCGAGAAAUGUUGUGAUUUCGUGUCGAAGCAUGUUUCAGUUAUGCAAAAACUGAGUGAUUGCCCCGAAGAUUGCAGGGAGGCUGUUGCGUCUCUAAUGUUUGCAGCUGCAAGAUUCUCUGAUUUGCCAGAGUUGCGUGAUCUUAGGCAAAUAUUUCAUGAGAGAUAUGGAAAUUCCCUGGAAUUAUUUGUUAAUAAACAGCUUGUCGAGAAUUCAGCUUCAAAUCCGUCCAAAAUGGAGAAGAAAGUCAAGGUCAUGCAUGAUAUAGCGUCAGAGUUUUCCAUAAAUUGGAACUCUGAAGCUUUUGAGCGAAGAAUGUCUAAACCGACUGUGAUUCCACAGGACCAACCUAAAAAUGAUGGGUCUUUCAAUGUCAAUGGUGAUAAGCAUAAAUCAAAUGAUGGAAAAAGUGCCGAUCCACAAGGGGAUAAACCUAAAGUUUCUGCUGGUAAGCUUGAAUUUUGGAAUGGGAAGGAUGAUGUUGCCUUGAAAACAGCUAGAUUAAGCAGUUCUUCUUAUGUGAAAAGAAUGGAAAGAGUUGAAGGUGAAGUCAAGCUAAAAGACAGUAGGGAGAAUAGAGUACCUAGAAUAGAUAACCAAGAUGUUCUACCACAGGGAAAGCCAGAUCUAGAUCCUAGUUAUGCAGCUCCACAAUUAAAGAGUCAUGAUAAAGAUCUCUUUGCUGCUAAUAACUAUGCUGGCCAAUACAAUGUCCAAAAUUCAACAAGAAAAGCUCAUGAGGAAGAUGAACCCAAGUGGAAGCCCUACUUUAAUAGUGGCAUCCCUCCUCCUUAUGUUAAACCCAAUAUCAAACCAAAGCAUCUCAAGCAUGGUGCCAGUGAAGGAUCUUCACAUGCUGGUUUUGAUAGCAAUGGAGUCUCUGCUGAUCCUUCAACACAUAACAUGGCCUAUGCAGUUAAUAGAACUGAUAAGUACCAAGAAGGGUUGUAUUAUCCUGAUAAAGAGGGGCAGAUAAUUCCACCUACAAAAGUGAUUAGUCAUGAUUGCAAAAAAGAUUAUUACUAUAAUCAUGAUGGGAGCAAUACCCCCAUACCAAGACGAAGAUCGUCAAGGAGGCGACAUUUGAGAUCACCAUCUGGUCAUAAUGGAGUCGAUAAUGUUGAAGAUACAGAGUUUGCAAGGAGGAAGCCGAGAAGCAGGAGAAGGGAUGACUCAAGAAGAGGCCUGCAAAUCUUGUUUGAUGAUGGGCAGCAUAGAAAUGAUGAGGAGGAAAGGAUAAUUGAUAAGCUGUUGAUGCAUUACAGUAAGAAGCCAUCAUCCUGUGACGAGGGAAAGGUAAGAAGAAAGUCUAAAAGUCAUCAUGCACAUCAUAUGGGAAGUGAUGUGGGUGAAGUCCCACAGAAAGCAAGCAGAGAUAGAUCUGAUGAUAUGUCUAAGACCAUUUCCCAUCCAGCUCGAUCAAUUUCUCUCCCUCAUGAACAAACAGCUCAAUCAGAGGGAACUAAAGUGUAUGCUCGUGCUAUAUCCUUCCAGCAAGAUAGUUCAAAUGCAGCCCGGCAUGUGCAUCCAAAGUUACCAGAUUAUGAUGAUUUGGCUGCUCACUUUGCAGCAAUGAAAGGGAGAUAGAGCAUUAAGCAUAUUGAAAUCAUUAUUUUUAAUCUAAUCAGUUUGAUUGCAUUAAGCUUAAACUUCCUGCAUUUGCAUAGCUGAGUUGGUGCUGGCGCUGUCUUUUGGGGAAACCUUGAGCGGUACUUCGAUGGGAUUGUUGGCCCUGCACUUAUCAUACAUAUUGCUUAGUAGUUUGAGUAUACUUUCUUAUGUGUUUCUAGCACCGUUAUUACUAUUUCCUGUGACCCAUGGCCGUAACAAGCAUAUAUACACUUCCUGAUUCAAUUUUUUUGGAUGACAUGAUUGUAAAAGAUGUGUAAUCUAUGCAUUUAAGCUGGAAAUGAUACAAGUUUCUGUAUUAGUGGAUAUUAAGUUGAGAAUUGAGUUUGGUUCAAUGGUAUUAAAGUUGAUAUUAA